AUGCGCUCGCCCAGCGGCGUAGUGCGGUGGGCGCAGUGCAACGUAGCGCCCCUAACGGACUACGCGAGGGUGGCGCACGCCCCCGUAGCGGCGCCAGCCUACGUCUACGACGACAAAAUCAACCAGCGGCUCGCGUUCUGGCAGGGCGAUAUCACCACGUUAGACGUCGAUGCAGUUACGAACACCACAAACGAGACACUUUCGGAAUGCAACGAGAUCAGCGAGAGGAUAAUGCAGGCGGCGGGGCCCGAUUUGAAAGAGGAGAUUGUCACAAGGGCGCUUGAAUGCCGCACCGGUGAGGUGGUGGUGACCCCCGGCUACCAGCUCCGCUGCCGGCACAUCAUCCACACGGUCAUUCCCAAAUACGUGGCGAAAUACCACACGGCCGCCGAGAGCUCGCUCCACAACUGCUACAAGAACGUUCUCCAGGCAGCCAGCGAGCUGGGAGUCAGAUCGCUGGCCCUCUGCGUGUUGAGCACGCCAAGAAGGAACUUCCCGCCAGAUGUAGCCGCCCACGUGGCGUUGCGCUCGAUCCGGCGCCACCUGGAGCAGGCGCCCCUGCCGCGGCUGGUGGUGGUGGUGGGCGGCGGCGUGGAGCUCUCGCCCGGCGUGGCGCUGGCCGCGCUCUACUUCCCGCGCAGCGCCGCAGAGGCGCUGGCCGCCGCCGCGCGCCUGCCGCCCGCCCACCCGGAGCGCCGCAUCCGCAUCAUCCACAACCCGCACUCCAACUCCGACAGCGGUAAGCAUCUCUCUCUCUCUCUCUCUCUCUCUCUCUCAUCUAUCUGUCCAUCUCGCUCCGACUCUAGCGCCGCAUCCGCAUCAUCCACAACCCGCACUCCAACUCCGACAGCGGUAAGCAUCUCUCUCUCUCUCUCUCUCUCUCUCUCUCAUCUAUCUGUCCAUCUCGCUCCGACUCUAGCGCCGCAUCCGCAUCAUCCACAACCCGCACUCCAACUCCGACAGCGG